AUGAAGCUAAACCUGAUAAAAUGCUCGUUUGGGUUCGAAGAAGGCAAGUUCCUGGGACAUAUUGUUGGCAAACAAAGCAUAAAAGCCAAUCCUAACAAGGUCAAAGCUAUUUUGGAAACAAAGUCCCCUCAAAGCAAAAAAGAGGUUGAAAGCUUGAAUGGUAAGUUGGCAGCCUUGAAGCGUUUCACCUCUAAGCUGGCAGAAAGGUCCCUUCCUUUUUUCAAAACCCUUCAAGGGUGCACAAACAAGAGGGACUUCAAGUGGACAAAAGAAGCGGAGAAAGCCUUCAACCAAAUGAAGCAGCACCUGGCUUCACUACCAAACAUCGCAACACCUGAAACAGGGGAGUUGAUCUCUGUUUAUCUAUCAAUCGCCGAGGAAGCAAUCAGUGCAGUCUUGACCAUCGAAAGAAACAAGGCUCAGGUACUUGUUUACUUCUUCAUCAAAACAGUCAGAAAGCUUCGGAGAUACUUUCAAGCACAUCCCAUAAAAUUGGUCACGGACCAACCAAUCAAAAAUGUGCUUGAAAAACCCGAAACUUCUGGACGUUUAGCCAAAUGGGCUGUGGAACUAGGUGAACACAAUAUCACCUAUGUCCCAAGAAAAGCUGUAAAAGCCCAAAUCUUGGUUGACUUCAUUUUGGAAGUACCCAAAGAAACAAUAACGGAAGUUAACACAGCCUCCACUGAACCCUCCAGCCCCCAUACCUGGAAGCUCUUUACCGAUGGAGCUUCCAGCGUUGAAGGGUCAGAAGCAGGGCUAGUUCUGAUUGAUCCAAAUGAAUUGGAGUUCACGUAUGCUCUUCGCCUUGAAUAUCAGACUACAAACAACGAAGCUGAGUAUGAAGCAUUGAUUGCUGGGCUCAAGCUUGCAAGGAAAAUGGGUGUAAAAAAGCUUCAAGUCUUCACAGACUCAUUACUUGUUUCAAACCAAGUAUGUGACAACUACAUGGCCAAAGAACCAAACAUAAAUAGAUACUGUGAAAAAGCCAAAGAACUCAUGAAUUCAUUCGAAGCAUGCACAAUCAAACAAGUCCCAAGAUCACAAAACAAAAGGGCUGAUGCUCUAAGCAAACUUGCUUCAUUAACCUUUGCCCAUCUCAUAAAAAAGGUAUUGGUUGAAGUGUUGAAGCAAUCAUCUCUCCAAGAACUAGAAGUACAAGAUGUCAUCACCGAGGAAAGCACAUAUUGGAUGACCCCGUUGAUCAAAUUCCUCGCAAAUGGUGAACUACCAAAGGAUCAAGUGGAAGCUGAAAGGGUUCGAAUAAAAUCAAGACAAUACGUGUUGCAAGAAAAUAUCCUAUAUAAAAAAGGGUACUUUGCACCAUUGCUUCGUUGUGUUGGCCCGGAACAAAGUCAAUACUUGAUCAAGGAGGUUCAUGAAGGAAUUUUUGGAGCUCAUUUCGGCCCAAGAUCAGUAGUCUCAAAGUUGAUGAACCUUCGAUACUUCUGGCCCACCAUGCAUCGAGAUGCAAACGAAUAA